AUGACAAACAUCACCACUUCAUCCUCAGUGCCAUUGCCAAGUCUGAGCAACAUCCUCAACGACCUCGUCACCCUCCGUUCCGCAUCCAUCUCCCUUUCACAACCCACCGACAAUGCACUCAACAAUGCACUAGGCAUCCCCGCAGAACCAACAUCCUCCUCAAGUGUCGCCAGCAGCCAGGAGAAACUCGAAAAGUUCCGCGCAUCGACAGAGAAGAGCCAGCGGGAGGAAGGCGUGGUCGAGAACGGGUUCGAAGUCGCCGCGGACUUCUUGAAAAUGCAACAACAGAUCUCGGUCUCGAAGCAGGAAAUGAAUACCUUGCAGGAAAGGUUGGGCGGGUUGGAGAAGGAGUUGACGGAGGUCCGUGAGCUCAUUGCUUUCAAUCCCAUUAAAUAG